UCGUCCAGCUCAUUCCUACGCGUCAUCAAAGUUGACAGCAAAAACAGACGAGAAGCUUUUUUUUUUAAAGUUUCAACUGUCUCAGACAAAAAACUGACAGUUGACGUGGCCGAUCAUUGACCUGCGUCGUUAUGACUUCACUGACGAUAAUCACUCGUUUAACGGACGGACUUCCGCUCACUGCGUCCAUUCAGGAGGAUGAGCAGUCAGGAAGAGACCUCCAGCAUUACCAGAGCCAAGCCAAGCAGCUGUGCCGUAAACUGAACGCUCAGAGUCCGGACCGCUGCACCCUGGAGGCUGGGGAAAUGAACUUCCACUACUUAAUAGCGCAGGGUGUGUGCUACCUGUUCCUCUGUGAGGCUUCAUUUCCCAAAAAGAUGGUCUUUGCAUACCUUGAAGACCUCCACAGUGAGUUCAAUCAGCAGUACGGAAAGAAAGUACCCACAGUAACGAGGCCGUACUCUUUCAUCGAGUUUGACACGUACAUCCAGAAAACCAAGAAAUCAUUCAUUGACAGUAGGGCCAGGAGGAACUUUGGCAGUAUCAACACAGAGCUGCAGGAUGUCCAGAGAAUUAUGGUGGCAAAUAUUGAGGAAGUUCUGCAAAGAGGAGAAUCUCUUACUGCUCUUGACACAAAAGCCAGCAAUCUGUCCAGCCUGUCGAAGAUGUACCGCAGCGACGCCAAAUAUCUCAAUACCCGCUCCACGUAUGCCAAGGUGGCUGCUGUGUCGGUGUUCUUCAUCACACUCAUCAUCUAUGUGCGUUUCUGGUGGCUCUGAUGGGACUGUCAACAAGGACUCUGAGGGUGCUUCAUUUUGGAAAAACAAGCACUUUAACUGAUCCGGUUACAUUUGUUAUAUACCCGGUGCCUUAAAGGGAUCGUAGUCUUUCCUUAUUGAAGGUUAAAACUAUUUCUAUGCUUUAUCUAGCUUUGAUUUAUGCCAUGUAUAGAGUAUAAACUGAGCCAUAGGUCUGUGACAGGACAUCUUUAUGUAUUGGAGCAAAUGCUUCGUGGCGAGUUCAUGUUUACUGGAAUAUUAAGAGCAGGAUGUUGAUAAAUGAACUAACUGGAAAUAGGGGUUUCAGCAUUGAGGAGAAACAAAGUAUGAAUAUGCAGAAGUGUUGUGAAAAGGUCUUAAUACUGUGAUAAGUGUUUAUUGUUCAGAGUUUACAUUGUAACAAAGUCUUUUUGAAAAUAUUAAAUAUUUAUCAAAUUGUAUUUUCUAUUUCACAGCUGUAUUUAUGACACAUGCUAUGUUAAUAUCAUGAACAGAGAGCGACAGUCCUCUUUAUGGUGUAUACACACACCUACAAACCAGCAUUUCCAUGAUCACGUACAUAUCCUGUUAAGCCAGCUCAUAUUCACACAAAGAACAAUAUUAAAAGUGUGUGUGUGUGUGUACAGGUGUACAGGUGACAGUCACCUACACAACGCUAAAAGCUGCUCUGUACACAGGGUGAUGAC